CAUUUCGCGGAGGGAUAUGCGCUCCGCCUCCCAGGCGUGACGCCAGGACGGAGGAGUCGGGAAACAAGUCGGAAAUUAAAAAACACAACUCUAUGUCGGACUGCUUUAAAUAGAGAGAAAUUAAUAAGGAAGCGACCACCCUGACUCAAUUAUUCAAAGGUUCUACACUAGACCUUAACCGAGGCGCUGGUCACCACAUAUGGACUAAACCAGAGACUCAGAAAGAGAGAGGGAGAAGAGGAGAGAAUAGGUCCUUUUUUCCCCCCCUAUUUUAUAUCUGCCUAUUGACUAGCUACGUUUGUAAAUCCUCUGGGCUGUUGUGUCCCAGAGAGGGGGGGAUCUCAGCUGGACUUGUUCCCCAAACUGCACUCCCCUCAGUGGGGUUGGUUGUGACCCAGUGCCAGGGUACAUCCCACCUCACGGCAGGCUUUCCUUUCCUGAGCAGCUGUGUCCUGCCUGCGUCCUGCCUCUAUUUCCUGUCCUUGACAGCAGCACCAUGACCUCUAUGUCCAGCCUCUUCUCCUUCACCAGUCCAGCUGUGAAGCGUCUGCUGGGGUGGAAGCAGGGGGACGAGGAGGAGAAAUGGGCUGAGAAGGCUGUUGAUGCUCUGGUCAAGAAACUGAAGAAGAAGAAGGGAGCCAUGGAGGACCUGGAGAAAGCCCUCAGCAGCCCAGGACAGCCCAGUAAGUGUGUGACCAUCCCUCGGUCUCUGGACGGUCGUCUCCAGGUGUCUCACAGGAAGGGUCUCCCCCACGUUAUCUACUGCAGAGUGUGGAGGUGGCCCGACCUACAGUCUCACCACGAGCUCAAGCCUCUGGAGGUGUGUGAAUACCCCUUUGGCUCCAAGCAGAAGGAGGUCUGCAUUAACCCCUACCACUACAAGAGAGUAGAGAGCCCAGUGCUGCCUCCGGUGUUGGUGCCUCGCCACAGUGAGUUCAACCCCCAACACAGCCUCUUGGUCCAGUUCAGGAACAUGACUCACAACGAGCCCCACAUGCCCGUGAACGCCACCUUCCCAGAGUCCUUCCAGCAGCACAGCGGGGGCAGUGGCUCCUCCUUCCCAAUCUCCCCCAACUCCCCCUACCCUCCCUCCCCAGCCUCCAGCGGAGGGGUGGGCACCUACCCCAACUCGCCUGCCAGCUCCGGACCCUCCAGCCCCUUCCAGAUUCCAGGUAGAUGGUCUUCUGCCAGCCAGGGGGACAGUCUAAAGUGUAUACCAACGGUCUGCAUCAGGGUGACUGGUGAGCGCCAGUCAAUGAACCCAUCUCUGGACACAGCAUGGGGUCUGACCUCCUUUUCUGCUGAUACCCCACCCCCGGCUUACAUGCCCCCUGACGAGCAGAUGGGACAGGAGGGGUCCAUGGAGACCGGCAGCAGUGGGCCCAGGAACAUGCCUAGUGGGGAUGUGCAGCCAGUGGAGUACGAGGAACCAAGCCACUGGUGCAGUAUUGUGUACUAUGAGUUGAACAACAGAGUGGGUGAGGCCUACCAUGCUUCUUCUACCAGCGUCCUGGUGGACGGCUUCACCGACCCCUCCAACAACAAGAACCGUUUCUGCCUGGGGUUGCUCUCCAACGUCAACCGUAACUCAACCAUAGAGAACACACGCCGCCACAUCGGCAAAGGGGUCCACCUGUACUACGUAGGAGGUGAGGUGUAUGCAGAGUGUCUGAGUGACACCAGUAUCUUCGUUCAGAGUCGUAACUGUAACUAUCAUCAUGGUUUCCACCCCACCACGGUGUGUAAGAUCCCUAGUGGCUGCAGUCUGAAGAUCUUUAACAACCAGGAAUUUGCUCAGCUACUGGCCCAGUCUGUGAACCAUGGCUUUGAGGCGGUCUAUGAACUGACCAAGAUGUGCACCAUCCGCAUGAGCUUUGUAAAGGGCUGGGGAGCUGAGUAUCACCGACAAGAUGUCACCAGUACCCCCUGUUGGAUAGAAGUUCAUCUUCACGGCCCUCUGCAGUGGCUGGAUAAAGUGCUGACACAAAUGGGCUCUCCUCUCAACCCCAUCUCUUCAGUGUCCUAAUGGUUACCCCACAGACCAGACUCAACCCCCCCCAUCUCGUCAGUGUACUAAUGGUUAACCCCCCAACAGACCAGACUCUCAACCUCUCAUCUCUUCAGUGUCCUAAUGGUCCUGUCCCCCCCCACAGACCAGACUCUCAACUUCCCAUCUCUUCAGUGUCCUAAUGCCCCCCACCCACAGACCAGACUCUAAACCUCCAUCUCUUCAAUGUCCUUAAGGUGGCUUGCCAGGCUGGGAGAUUCUUUCACAUUUUUUCCAAACUUAACUUUAUAAUUUUUGUUGAAAUGUUUAAUGAGCAAAAGCAGGUCUUCAAAGGCUGAACUGUUUCCACUAUCUGACAGCAGAAGGGGUUUUGAACCCAGAGCAGCAGGAUUAUGUUGAGAAAGAGCAGAAGAUAGACGUAAAAACCGACAGAAGAAUAUUCAGAGUAGCGGCACAAAAUAUUGGACAAACUACUGCUCUGAGUCAUUACUACCAACCAUGUGCUGCUUCUAUUGAGAGUAGUAGGACUUGAAAGCAUGUACCUUAAAUGUUUCUGAUUUUGCAUAAAAAAAUUGUUUCAAUGUUUGGUAAUGAUUUUUCUUUAUGUAAGUUUCAGCUAAAAGAAAAUGAUGUAUCACUACUCUGCCUUUACCACAGUCAAACUACUUGUGAUUUUACUCUAACUUUCAUUUCUUGCCAUCUUAAGGUAUAGAUAUCAUUAUGUUCACUAUUAGACCCAGAUCUCAUAACAAAAUGUUAACUUUUUAAAAAUAGUUUCUAUCGCUAGAAGAAAAAAACCAACACUGAUUUACUGCCUUAAAUAAAGUAUGUCUUAACUAAUAAA